AAAAAAACACCCACCAACUAAAGUAGGAUUAUCUUCAUGGAAGGUGAUGAUAAUGAUGAGUGGCCUAUAACCACUUUUUACAAGCUCAUACUUGAUCAACCCCGACUUGAUCUCCAACAAUUGGAACUUCCAAAAAUAUUUAUGAACGCUUAUGGAAAUGAUCUUUCAGACACCAUAUCACUAAUUUUACCACCCAAUAAAGUAUGGAAAUUUGACUUGGUAAGACAAAAUAACAAGGCUUUUUUACAAAAUGAUUGGCCUAACUUUGUGGAGUUUUACUCAUUGUCUCAUGGCCACCUUUUAGUGUUCAAGUAUCGAGGGAAUUCUUGUUUCAAUGUGGUCAUAUUUGAUAUGAGUGCUAGUGAGAUUGAUUAUCCAUGUCAUCAUGAAACAAGCCGCUCACAAAAUCAGAAGGUUAUGUAACAUAGUUAUCAGUUUAAAUUUGAAAAAAGAAAAAUCAGCUAAUAUUUUUGUAUGAAUUAUUUUUUAUUAUUGGAUAGCUAAUAAAGUAAAGGAUAAAGUGAUAAUCGAAUUUAAG